AUGUUCAUCCUCACAAAAAUUGCGGACCUCGUCCAGAUCAUACCAGAAGAUUUUGAAAAAGAAGCUUCUCAAGCAAUUGAAGAUAACAUCAAUGCUAAAUAUGCGAAUCGAGUCAUUCAGAAGAUCGGAUUAUGUAUAUGUCUGUAUGACCUCCUCUCUGCCUCGGAGGGAUUGAUUGGCCAUGGUACUGGUCUUGUGAACGUCAAUGUCGAAUUCCGCCUCAUAGUAUUCAGACCCUUCAAACACGAAGUUUUAACCGGCAAAAUCAGCAGCGCAACUCCAGAGGGAAUCCGCAUCCGCACCGAAUUCUUCAAAGACAUCCUAGUACCCGCAAACCGCCUACCGCAAGGCUCAGUAUUCAACGACAAUGAACAGGUUUUCACCUGGGUAACAGAAGACGCGACUUUAUAUUUCGAUUCCCACGAAACAGUGCGUAUCCGGGUUGAAGAAGAGACCUGGCAUGAUCAGGCGCCGACGAAAGCCACCGGCGGAGAGAAUGACCAAGAUGACGGAGAGAAGGAUAAGCAUGCACCGUAUGGGAUUAUUGCUUCGAUGGAGGAGUCUGGGUUAGGACCUUGUCUGUGGUGGGAUGGGGGAGAGGAGGAGGAGGAGGAGUCGUGA